GCUGUCAUGGGUACGUCGGGUUGGGCUCUCUCUUGUAAGCAUGGAAUCUUCUUUGUAGUUCUUGCUGCAGUUCUUUUAAGCACUUUGCAGGACUUAAAGGAUUGCAGCUGCUGCGUGUGCCCGAUCCCAUAUCCUAUAGACGGAGGAUGCAGUCACAUGAUGGUUACUGCUUCCUCCCCAUGACAUCACUGCUGCUGCAGCCAUACCGCCCCGGCAAGGAUGCUAUUAAAGGCAUUGCGAUUGGCCUAAAUGAUGUUGCAUUGCAGAUCCUAAUAUGGUCAAUGCAGGAGACAUGAAUGGUUCAGGAAACCUGAUGGAUUUUCUGGAUGAGCCUUUCCCUGAUGUUGGAACUUAUGAGGAUUUCCAUACCAUCGACUGGCUGCGGGAGAAAUCGCGUGACACGGACCGCCACCGCAAGAUUACAAGCAAAAGUAAAGAAUCCAUAUGGGAGUUCAUCAAGAGUUUGCUGGAUGCCUGGUCAGGAUGGGUUGUCAUGCUUCUCAUAGGACUGCUGGCAGGUACAUUGGCUGGAGUGAUAGAUUUAGCUGUGGAUUGGAUGACAGACCUGAAGGAGGGUGUCUGUCUGUCUGCCUUCUGGUACAGCCACGAGCAGUGCUGCUGGACGUCCAAUGAGACCACGUUCGAUGACAGGGACAAGUGCCCGCAGUGGCAGAAAUGGUCGGAGCUGCUCGUGAGCCAGUCCGAGGGUGCAAGUGCUUACAUUCUAAACUAUUUUCUGUACAUUAUGUGGGCUCUAUGUUUUGCUUUCCUGGCAGUCUCCCUGGUCAGAGUGUUUGCUCCUUAUGCCUGUGGCUCUGGAAUCCCAGAGAUAAAAACCAUCUUGAGUGGGUUCAUUAUUAGGGGCUACCUGGGAAAAUGGACACUUUUAAUCAAAACAGUCACCUUGGUUCUGGUGGUGUCUUCAGGCCUCAGCCUUGGGAAAGAAGGCCCAUUAGUCCAUGUGGCCUGUUGCUGUGGAAACUUCUUCAGCAGCCUCUUCUCUAAGUACAGCAAGAAUGAAGGAAAGAGAAGAGAGGUACUUUCAGCUGCAGCUGCUGCAGGAGUUUCAGUUGCCUUUGGGGCUCCAAUUGGAGGUGUGCUUUUUAGUCUGGAAGAGGUCAGCUACUACUUUCCCCUGAAGACCCUCUGGAGGUCAUUUUUUGCUGCUCUGGUGGCUGCCUUCACGCUGAGGUCCAUCAAUCCUUUUGGGAACAGCCGGCUGGUGCUGUUCUAUGUGGAGUACCACACCCCCUGGUACAUGGCCGAGCUCUUCCCCUUCAUCCUGCUCGGCGUCUUCGGGGGCCUCUGGGGGACCCUCUUCAUCCGCUGCAACAUCGCCUGGUGCAGGAGGAGGAAAACCACCAGGCUUGGGAAAUACCCAGUGCUGGAGGUGAUUGUGAUAACAGCCAUCACCGCCAUCAUCGCCUACCCCAACCCCUACACGCGCCGGAGCACCAGCGAGCUCAUCUCCGAGCUCUUCAACGACUGCGGGGCCCUGGAGUCCUCGCAGCUCUGCGACUACAUCAACGACCCCAACAUGACCCGGCCCGUGGACGACAUUCCCGACAGACCUGCUGGCCCUGGGGUCUACUCUGCCAUGUGGCAGCUGGCCUUGGCCUUGGUGUUCAAAAUUGUCAUCACCAUAUUCACUUUCGGCAUGAAGAUCCCUUCAGGCCUUUUUAUUCCUAGCAUGGCUGUUGGAGCCAUAGCUGGCAGGAUGGUUGGGAUUGGAGUGGAGCAGCUGGCAUACCACCACCAUGACUGGAUCAUCUUCAGGAACUGGUGCAGACCUGGGGCAGACUGUGUCACACCGGGCCUUUAUGCCAUGGUGGGAGCAGCAGCUUGCUUGGGUGGCGUUACUCGAAUGACAGUCUCUCUGGUGGUGAUUAUGUUUGAGCUAACUGGAGGCCUGGAGUACAUUGUGCCUCUUAUGGCUGCAGCUGUCACAAGCAAGUGGGUGGCAGAUGCCUUUGGGAAAGAGGGGAUCUAUGAAGCUCACAUCCACCUGAAUGGUUACCCCUUCCUGGAUGUGAAGGACGAGUUCACGCACCGCACGCUGGCCACGGACGUGAUGCGGCCGAGGCGGGGCGAGGCGCCUCUCUCCGUGCUCACCCAGGACAGCAUGACCGUGGAGGACGUGGAGACCCUGAUCAAAGAGACUGACUACAAUGGCUUCCCAGUCGUGGUUUCCAAAGACUCAGAGAGACUUAUUGGAUUUGCACAGAGACGAGAGCUGAUCCUUGCGAUAAAGAAUGCACGCCAGCGCCAGGAUGGGGUGGUGAGCAACUCCAUCGUGUACUUCACUGAGGAUCCCCCAGAAGUGCCACCCAACAGUCCCCACCCGCUGAAACUGCGGAGAAUCCUCAACCUGAGCCCUUUCACCGUCACCGACCACACACCCAUGGAAACUGUGGUGGAUAUCUUCAGAAAGCUCGGGCUCCGGCAGUGCCUGGUGACUCGCAGUGGGAGGCUGCUGGGUAUCAUAACUAAAAAGGAUGUAUUAAGACAUAUGGCUCAAAUGGCAAACCAGGACCCUGAAUCUAUCAUGUUUAACUAGACUGGUAAAGAAGAAGAAAGUAACCCCACAGGAAUCCCUUCUAGAUUAACACGAAGGCUGUGUUUGCUGUUUCAUCUUGCUUAAAGAGAAAAAGGUAACGGAAAUGAGGAAUGGCCUGAUAUGCCUCUGACAGAGGGAGUGGAUGCAGGACAGCACUUAUUUAAUGAGGGAGGCAGUUUAGAAGCUCCGAGCAGCUGCAGACAUCAAGCUGUGUUUCCUUAACGAGGUUCCCAAGAGCUCAAUUGGAGCACUGGUGGGUGUGAGUGAUGCUGGGCUUGGAGAGAAAGAGCCACGAGCACCACUGGAGGCAUCAAGGUCACAGUAACUGCUGAGGCAGGUGUGAAGAGUAGCAGACACUGUUCAUGUACAAGCUGCUAAGAGACAGAAAGGUUUGUGUUCCAAGCCAUUGAGUGUAGAUGAUUAGGGUCAGUUGCUUUUGUUACUGGAAUCAUGGCUAUUUGUUUGCUACUGAGUUAUACCAUUUUCAUGACAAACAAAAAUUCUCAUAUUUUUAAAUGAAAGACUUUGCUAUCUUCAUUUAUUUUGUAAAUGUUUAAUGAAUCAAGUCUUAAGAGUAAGAUUAUGCCUCAAAUCACUUUAAAAUGUAGUGUCCCUUGCUCCCUGCUUUAGUCUUUUGAAUUUUAUACUGCUUAGCAUUUCUGUCAACCGGCUUUCCCUUAUAAAUGUUGAAAUGGGAUUUAUUUGUAAGAAUUUAUUAUCUCUCUAUGCAAUUUUGCAUACAAGUACUGUAAAAUUUAGUAUUUUGUGGUUUGCUGUGGUAACUGGAAAAAACAUAGAAGCCCAUAAAAUAGUUUUCAAAAGCACUAAAAGGACAGUGGUAUCUGUCUCUCAUCAGUGUUAGUGACCAGAGAUUGAAUCCCUCACUGUCUUCCCUUAUGUACAUCACAAUUUUUCACAAAUUAAUGACAUUCUGCAUUGAUUCUUGGUUGUCCAUUUAGGUCCUUUUUGUCAUUGCUCUUUCUUGGCAUUUGUCUGUAUUUGCCAAGAGAUGGCUGAAAUUAAUUUAACAGUUAGAUACUUGUUCUGUAAGAGAUCUACUUUUUAUGCACUUGACAGCCAUAGGGCUGUGGAAUUCCUCUCCACAGCACUGUGACUGGAUAAGAUCAGAGGGACUGAGAAUGCAAAUGAUCAUAAGAAAGCUUUAAGUAUUUAUCUGUUUGCACCAAGAACACAAGAUUUACCAGACCCUGGUAGAGACCUCUAAGUCACUCAGGUAAAAAUGUUAAAUUUUCCUAAACCCUUGUUCUGGUCCUCUGUGAGAUAAAGAGUACUGACCCUUUAGUCAAUACUGCUAUCAGCAACAGAAUACCAAAUUGUACUCCCUGUAACACAUAGUUCACACUGCCCUUUCUUUAUAGAUGCAAACUUAAAGACUGGAGAAAGGUUGUGCUCUGAAUCCCCUUCAGACCUCCUGGUCCCUUCAUUUAGGCAUCUAAGACCUCUGGUAUUUUUGUUCAAAUUCACCCAGAAAACUGGUGGUGUUUGGAUGCUCCUCAUGGAUAGAGAUGACUUUCCAUGCCAGAACAGCCUGUUGCUCACCCCAGCCCAAACCCAGCCUGUUGAUCUAACGUGGGCAAUGUACAUGAUUAUUGUGUCCCUGAACUGAGACAGCUGCUCAGGUGCACCCUGAGUUAGAUGCUGAAGUUCCAUGUCACAAAUUCCUCCCCUUAUCUCUGGUGACCCUGCUUCCUUCUGGCCUGUGUCCCACUGCAUUCACUCAGGGUAUGGCCUGAAUGGCUGAAGUAAAAGAAACGGAAGCAGAGGGAUAAUUUUAAUCUGUUAAGUACUCCACCUAACAAUGGUGUUUGCAACAGACUGACAUAAAGAUAUGUAGCUCUGGCCAAAGCCCAUAAAUAUUGCAGUGUAUACGUUUUGUUAAAUGAACAGCUGCAGUACAAUGUAUUAUUAAUGGGAUAAUAUUAACAUCAUGUAAACUGUAGAACUGAGCAACCCCUUUCCUCUGAAAAUAGGAAAUAGAACAUAAUGUGAUUACUUCUUACAUUUUUCUGUGAAGCUGUCAGCAGCCAAACUCAUAAAAAACCAACCAAGUCAAUAACAAUGCUCAUAAACACUAGAUUCCCUCAUUUGAACAGAGAAGCCAUCAUAAAAUCAGCUCAUUCCCACAACUGAAUCCAAAUGGGGCUUUAUACAAUUGUCAGUCUCUACCCAUAACUUCUAGAAUCUAAGGGAUGUAGACUAAGCUAAAAAGGCUGAUUUUUGAGAGCAAUCUCAUUCUUGGAUUAAAACUGUAUGACCAUAUUCUACUUUCCAUGUUUGCUAACAGCAACCAAUACAGUGUAUCAACACUGAAAAACAUUAUAAUUUUAUGAGAAAAAGACAUGGACUUGCCUAACUGAGGUUAAUCUGGCUGUGAAUACAAAUUCACGUAUGUAUUGACUUGUCUUAUCAGGUUAAACUCCAUCUGUGGUUAUGCAUUGGCAUGGAUUUGUGUGGUUAAUAUCCAUUAAUACCCAAAGGCCUGAUUACUGAAACCAAGUCACCCCUGUGAUAGCUUGUUGCCUUGCCUUAUUUGACUACUUAGGAGGAGCCCUCAGGACUUAAAAACAAGAUCCAAAAAACCAACUUGGUGAUUUGCAGCAAGCAGCGGCAGAAGGAAUUGAGAUUUAUGUAGUUGUUGUGAAUGCAGUUUGACCCUGGACUGCCGCCCAAGUAAAAGGCAGGUGAAUGGGUGUACAGCUCUCUUCUGUCAAACACAUUCCUCUCUAGAUGGAAAGCUUUAAAUGCCUAAGGGGUCAAGGGAAAAACCUUUGGACACGUAACCAUGUACUGCUGCUCCUUGUUCCCAUGUCUGUUCAAAAGAUGUUAAACCAGAGCAGGGGCUGCUAUCUGGCUGUCCAGGAGUGGCACACUCAUGGCUCACUUCAGCUGCCUGGUGUUAUCAUCAAGGCUGAGGCUGAUGCUAGAAUGACAUGGAGGGCUUUGAGACUUUGCUAAUUAGAAAACUUCCUCCAUGCUACAGCCUUUAUUGCUCUUCACACUGGUGUCUGAAAGGGAACACUCUUGAUAUAAAUUAAUAACAUGCUUAUCUCAAAAAAUGCAGUUAUGGUAUAAUGAUUUAUUUCCCCUUAACAAGCCCAUUAUCAGGCACUAUUUUCCAUCUGUAUUCCAAAAUUCAUUUCAGAAGGUACUGAAUAGACUCCAAGAGGCACAGAUCUCAGCCCUAUUUGUUUGAAUUUGUACAGCUCAAGAUAGUCACGUAACGUUAUCAAUCUGAGGUACAUGAGUAUUUUAGUAUAUACUGCUGAAUUAUGCAACCUCAGUUCAAUCCUUCAAGCAGCUGGCCUUCAAAAAUGCCCAACUAAAAUAAACAGGGGAAUAAGAAUCUUUGAAUGAUGGAGGUUCAGUAUUGUACCUUUGUUUUGCAUGAACUGUGUUAAGUUACAUUCAGCUUCUGUUGUGUACUUGAAGCAAUCUGUACUGGAAGGUUUAAUAAUAAAGUACAGAAAUGGAUGACAUUAGAAAGACCCUUUGGCUGUCCCAGUGACACUAAUUAUUAAUUCUUAUGCUUUGAAGAAGCAGAAAAAGAAUGUUUAAGGAUUACAAAAGGCUCACUGAUUCCGUGUUUGAAUGACACUAUAUUUAUGACUAUAGUUUUGCUUUGGCUCUGUUUGUUGUUUUGGGUUUUUUUUAAUUGUAGAGAACAGUGUAUCUGUUGCACCUUAUAAAAUACAAUGUUUGGACUCUAUUUUUUAAAUAAAACUGACUUACAGUACUGGAAA